GCAAAACAUGUAGCUAGUGACUUCAGUUCAAUUUUAGGUAAUCCUUGAAGCUGUUCUGUUAAUCAUGACAAGUCUCAGAAAGAUACAUUUGAAACAUUUUUUUUGUAAUGGAAUAGAUCUAGAUCGUGAAGUCUACAACAUUAUUUUUAAAAAUUGGUUUUAAAAGGAAUAAAUGAACAUAUGAACGGGUGGUAUUAAAAAAAUUGCUGAAUUGCCUGAACCUCUAUACUAUAGACUAUAAACUAUAAAGCCUUUUAAAGCCUAUUGCGUCCGUGAUAACAUUGAUGUUAUGAUGUAUUUGUCUAAGCCGGAGGAGCUACAAGAACCAUCGAGAAGCAGGUAGAUCUAUAAUCUAUAUAGAUCUAUAUACUAUCUAGACUCUUAGAUCUAGAUAUCGAUCUAUAUCUGCUUUUGAACAUACUAGAUCUGCAAAUAAUGUCACAGUACCGUUUCCAGGAAGCAGAUUCUACUGGUCCGAAGAGGCGCAGUGCUUCCUCCAGAGGCUCUGGACAUGGUGGGCACAACAGAACUCCAGGCAGAAGUGAAAACUCUGGAUCUAGAAAUCAAGGACGCGGAAGAGCAAGUAAUGAUGCAUUUCGCAGUCCAAGUAACUCACGAGGGAGAGGCCGAGCCCAAGGCACUGCACGAGGAACUGCACUAGGAACUGCACGAGGAACUGCACGAGGAACUGUGUGUAGAUCUGCUAGUGUUGAAAACAUAAGCGGUGAGGCUAGAGGUCCAAGAAGGAGGCAACCUUUCAUUUUUACUCUCAAGAGAUGGUCGGAAAUCAAAGAGUCUGGGAAGUUGAUUAUACAGAUGUGUCUAGAAAAAGAAUCCCUGGAAAGUUUUCUUUCUCAGACGAUGGUCGCAGAAGAGAUCAUGCUUUUGUUGAAGGUUGUCAGCUUCGCAAUGACAUCCCAACACCAGAAAGAAUCACUCAAGGAAGUUCUCGACACUCUGUGCCAGGCUCGUUUUCUAGAAAAAAAUGUGACCGAGUUUUUGACACAAAAACGUCUCUAUGAAGAAACCUGGCCAGAUGCUAACACUGUGUUUGAUUGGUUGAUCACUAUCAUAGAAGAAGUGCUAAGCAAAGUGCCGAAACACGCUAACCAGUGCGUUGUGCUGAGCAGUCAUCUGGCAAACUUAGCUUUAUUUUUUACCGAAAUAAAAACAGAUGCCACUUUAUUUCAAAACCUUUCAAACUUAAAAUCCAAAUCAUUCAACGUCGUAAAAGCAGAAGGCAACAAAGCACUGGCAAACAAAGAGUCUAAUUUCUUUGAUACCGGAGACUCCAAGCAGCCUCCUGAUAAUUUCGAAGAUUUGCCCGUAGUUCCGACUUUGGCCGAUCUAAAGGAAGACGCCAGACCUUUCCUUCGCCAAGCCGUGGUAAACGGGGCUUACGACGACGUCAGACAUUACCUUGACAUUCAGUUCAGACUCAUGAAGCAGGACUUUAUCCUCCCUCUUCGCCUGGGGAUCAACGCGCUCAUUAAAAGUGGCUGCAAAAAAGAUUUCUGGUCAUCCGACAUCAGAAUCUAUCAAAAUGUUCACAUCGAUGAUAUGGACUACAAGGAUUCCAUUGACCAUGUUCUGCAGUUCGAUGUUUCCAAGCUAAAAAAUGUGAAGUGGGACGUCUCCAAGCGCUUGAUCUAUGGAUCUUUGUUGUGCCUAUCUAAAGACAACUUCAAAAAUGUCAUUUUCGCGACAGUUGCUAAGCGCGACGUGCGUAAACUGUCUCAAGGGUUUAUUACAGUAUCUGUCAAGACCGGCCACACCACUGUUUUCAGCUCUUCGUCUAGUGACACAUUUGUUAUGGUUGAGACUACAGCUUACUUUGAGUCCUACCAACAUGUCUUGAAAGGACUUCAAGAGAUGUCGUCAAAUCUACCUUUACAAGACUAUAUAAUUAAAUGCCAGACGUCUAUCAGACCCCCAAAAUAUCUUUUGCAAAAUGGCCAGGUGCCUGUAUAUGAUAUUGCCUGUCUCAUGAACCCAGAGUGGCCCAUGAGUGACCCUGAGGAGACCUCUGUCCCUGUACUGACUACUGUCAAGUGGCCACCUACUCACGAGAUGUGUCUCAACGAGUCACAGAGAGAAGCGGCCCAGAUGGCCCUAACUAAGGAAAUAGCUUUGAUCCAAGGACCUCCAGGCACUGGGAAAACAUACGUAGGGCUAAAAGUUAUGGAGACGCUUCUGGCUAACAAACUUGUCAGGCUAAAGAAUUCACUGGACAGAUCAGGUGACCCUAUUCUUGUUGUCUGCUACACAAACCAUGCUCUGGACCAGUUCUUGGAGGGGGUGCUAAAAUUUUGCCCUCAAGGAAUCAUUCGUGUUGGUGGUAAAAGCAGUUCAGAGCUCCUUGAACAGUACAAUUUGAGAACUGUGAAACAGAAGUUUAGAAAAGAGAAAUCAACCGAUAGGGCCGUGCGAGCACUGAAAGCUAAAUGUAUGGAGGAACUUAAUGAAUAUGCUAAAAAGAUCUUUCAAACACAUGAAGUUAUCAACAACCUUGACAUUGAGCCACUAAGUGAAGACUUCUUGAAGCCAUACAUCUCUCCUAGUCACUUUGCUAGUCUCUGCCAAAGUCAAGCAGCAGGCAACCAAUCAUGCAUGAAACAGUGGCUUAAUGUCUCCAAUGAAUCGCUACAAAAAGUAGUCCCUAUCGCAAUAAAGAAACAUUUGACAAACCUAAUCUUGAACAUGAGACACGCAGAACCUGUGCCUUAUAUUGACAAUAUGGACAUCAUCCAAAGAGCACAUUUUUACACUUGUUUGCUGCGCGAAUUUAGGAAUGCCUUAUAUCAGGAAAUGAUGCAUUUAUCCCAGUUUCCCCCGGAUCCUUACAUUCAAGGAAGAAUUAAUAACCUGCAGAGUAUGUUUCAUUUUUCUUUCACAUCAAUUUUGCCUGACCAGUUGCUGCAGUGGGUACUUCAGAGCUACUUUGAGAUAGACAAAUUUCUGCAUCGCUUAUCUUCUGUUGUGCUCAAAACGCAGGCUUCAGAAUACAACGACAAGCUUGUCGAAUGCUGGCUUCUUGGACUUCACAACAGCCUGCACAAACAGCUGGAUGAUAUCCAGGCGUUCACUGGCAAACAUUCUGGUGUCAGCAUAGAUGACUUUGACGAUGCAGAGGCCUCCAAAGAGGCCCAAGAUGCCCGAAUCAUCGACGAUGGGGAUGACAGUGAUGAUGAUGAUUUUGGUGUCGGAAAUGCUGCGAGGGCAUCUCUGCAGAAGAUUAAGUAUUCGAAAGACAGUUUUGCUUCAGUGAUGCAGAGAAUGGACAUGCUAGGCAUAAAGGAAGAGGCUGAUGUAACGACAGAACAGGAUGCUUAUGAGUGGACGACAGUGAAACACAAAAAGGUUCUGUCGUCUCGAAAGAUCAGACACAAACUUAUAACCACAACUCCAAUGACCCAAGAAGAAGCUAACAAAGUUAAUGAUGUUUGGACCCUGGAGCCUAACAGAAGAUUCUCUUUGUACAAAUACUGGAGUCAGAAAUAUAAAGAAGUAUUAACCCGCAGCAUGGAAGAAUUCGUAUUGAGAUUUAAUGAUCUUUAUGAAAGAAAACAAGAGCUAAACAGCCACGAGACUUUGACGUUGUUAAAAUCAGCUCUAGUGAUUGGUAUGACAACUACAGGAGCAGCUAAACACAGGGCUGUACUUCAAGCUCUUGGCUGUAGGAUCAUUGUAGUGGAAGAAGCUGCAGAAGUGUUGGAGUCUCACAUUGUAACUGCCUUAAACAAAAACUGCAACCACCUUAUACUGAUCGGAGACCACCAACAGCUUAGACCAAACCCAACUGUUUAUGAGCUAGCUAAAAAUUACGGACUUGAAAUAUCUUUGUUUGAGAGGCUCAUCAAGAACAAAGUCCCCCAUGUCUUAUUGAAAGAGCAACACAGAAUGCGGCCAGAAAUUUCCAAAAUCAUGCGCCACAUCUACAAAAAUCUUGAAGACCAUGAGUCUGUUACAAAAUACGAGAACAUUGAAGGAGUUGCAAAAAAUAUAUUCUUCAUUAACCACAAAGAGCUAGAGUCACGUGUCGAUGAUACCAAAAGCAAAGCCAACAAGCAUGAAGCCAAGUUUGUCACAGCCCUUGCUAAGUACUUUAUCCUCCUUGGUUACGACCCUUCUAAAAUCACCAUACUGGCUACUUACACUGGACAGGUGUUUGCAAUUAAAAAGACAAUGAAUGAAACGAAGUUUACCCACAGAGUUAGGGUCACUGCAGUGGACAAUUACCAAGGAGAAGAAAAUGAAAUUAUUAUCUUGUCCCUGGUCAGAAGCAACUUAGAAAAUAUUGUAGGCUUUCUCAAGGUUGACAAUCGAGUAUGUGUGGCAUUAUCCAGAGCCAAGAAAGGCCUCUUUGUCAUCGGCAACUUUGAUUUGUUGGCGAAAGAGAGCGUGCUUUGGAAAAAUAUUGUUGCCACUGCACAGGAAGAGAAUAUUAUUGGCCAGGGAAUACCCGUUUGCUGUACAAACCACCCAGAGUUUCAAGAAUGCAUAGUCACUGCUAAAGAUUUUGACAAGUGUCCCAACGGAGGUUGUGGUCAACCUUGUAACUUUCAGCUAAGCUGUGGACAUACUUGUCCACGCACCUGCCAUGCUCAGGACAGAGAGCACAAAGAAUACAAAUGCUUGAAGCAAUGUCCAAAGUCGUGUCCGCACGGUCACAAGUGCACGAAGAAGUGCCACCAAGAAUGUGGAGACUGCAAUGAACUGGUCUUGAAAACUAUUUCCACAUGUGGCCACGAAGAUAAAGUAAAAUGUUCACUUCCUGAACAUGAAGCCAUUUGUUCAAAUAAAUGCUUGGCCUUGCUCAGCUGUGGUCAUCAGUGCCCUGGUCAGUGUGGGCAUUGCAGAAAACAAGACAGUCACUUUGACUGCACUGAGCUUGUACCAUUUGUCUGGCCCUGCGGACACGAAUCAGUGAAAGAGUGUAGCAAAAGGCUCACGAGUACACCUUGCCCCAAGAAAUGCGGGGCAACACUUGACUGUGGUCAUAAAUGCCAAGGCACGUGCUCUGAUUGCCUUGAAGGGGCAGUUCACGUCGCCUGCGAAGAAAAAUGUGACUUUAAGUUGCCCUGUGGGCAUAAAUGUCAAGGGUAUUGUGGAGAAAAUUGCAUGCCCUGCACUUUAAAAUGCCCAGACCGUUGCAGUCACGGCUACUGCAGCAAGGGUAAACAUACACAGCUGUGCGGUGACAAGUGCAACGCAUGCACUCAGCCAUGCAGCUAUUCCUGCAGCCAUUCCAAGUGCUCCAAAUCCUGCUCAGACUUCUGCAACGCUCCUCCUUGCUACGAAAAGUGCAACAAAAAGGUUCAUAAAUGCUCCAAAGGAGAUAAGUGCAGACACAAGCUUCAUAGUUGUUCUCAUACGUGCUCUGGACUGUGUGGGGAGAGAUGCGUCUGCGCUGUUUGUGAGAAAGUCUCAGAAACUGCGACUGCGGAGAAAGUCUCAGAAACAGCGACCGUGGAAAAAGUCUCGGAAACUGUCGCCGCGGAAGAAGAAUCCAGCACCACUGGCAUUGAGACACAGCUCCAGGAGACAACUCUUGACGAUGGUGAACUAAACAACAGCGGCGCAGAACACACUUCAGACACCAGAACCGACUCGACCACACCUCUACCACCUGUUCUAAAGCUUGAAUGUGGCCAUAUUUUCAGGGUAGACGAUCUGGAUAGCUACGUCAAUAAAUUUGACACAGACGGCUGUCAGUACCUCCACUGUCCAGUCUGCCAGCAGCUCAUCACAGAGAGCAGGCGGUACAAUCGUGUCAUCAAAGAGAGAAGAAGACAAAGAGAAAUCGAGAAUCUCGAGCUCCGCAAACAAAGGAACGUGAUGAAAAAAGAGAAAGAGAAGCUGAUUCUCUCUGAGAACCAGUUGGACGACUCCCACUUUUUUGACGCAUUUCGAGGUAAAGGUCUUGAACACAUUCGGAACAAGUCAGAACUUAACGCCCUAUCUUUUCAGUUCAAAUGUGCUUACGUGCUUCAUAUAAUAUCUUCGCUCAGAGAAACCAACAUGGCGUCAGAUAAGGUGAUCGAAGGCAUGAAAAAAGCUUUACUGAAAAUACGAUCAAGGGUGACAACCCAACAGAGAAGUGAAUUCACCAGAGAGUUGCGCCGCCUGCUGAACUUGAGCCACAUUCAAAAGCUGGAAAUAUUAUAUCCUUUUUUUUCUCCAAAUGUAGAAGCAGUCAAAGAAAUUCUAAGUAACCCUAAAGUGGCAAGACAGGACCUAGAGAAAUGUGAGGAAUUGAUCACCAACACAAGCAGUGACUUUGAAAGGGAUGUCCUUUAUAGAGCAAACUACUGGGCAGAGUACACGAGCAUCCUCAUUAAAGUUGACGACGCCAAAAGAGUUCUCCACUCUAGUUUAGACAAGAUGCUGUACGAUGUGCUCAGUCCUCCAGCAGACGAGCUGGAUGUUGAAAAGUUGAACCAAACUUCUGGAAAUGUUGCCAGCGCGGCUUUUAGUAAUGAUGAAAGCUUAGUCCCGCCCGAACGAUUCUCAAACAAACUGUCGCACAUGCCCAUGGCACAGAUUACCGUUCCACUGCCCAAGCUCGCCAAAUUGCCCAGCCUCGAAGAGUGGGGCAAAAGAAGUCAGGCCAUGGCAGGCCCGCAUGCUGAGUCGCCCAACCGUAUGGACAAAACGUCCACUGAGAGGACCACGAAGAUGUCUGCUAGAGAUAAGGUCGAUGACGAGACGGAUAAGACCGAUGAAAUGUCUACUGACGAGAAAAGCGACAUGUCUAAUGGAAACUGUAAAAUCUCCUAAGACAGAGGUUCUCGAAAUAUUUGCCUAGAAACUGUCUCAGUUUUGUGUUUUUUUUUAAUUGUUUCAUUAAUAACCAAAUGUUGAAUUUUUGUAAAGAACAAAUGUCAAGGUGCACCGCAUUUCUAUUAGUUGUAUUAACUGCCUCAUGGGCUGAACACAUUUUAGUUUCAAGUGAAAGUUUUAGUAUUGCCAGUCUGGAUGAAAUGAGCCUAAAUUGUCAUUGGAUAAUAAUUAUAUUGAAGUACUAGAUUUAUCAUGCCCAAUUUUAUUUUUAUUUCUACUCAUCUUUUGUUUCGCUUGAUUUUUAAUGUUGAAACUUUUUUACCUACCAAACAUUACAAGGUUUUGGAAGUCUUAAGUUUAUAAAUACUCGAUUUUUGAACGCUUAUAAUAAUAAUAAUAAUAAUAACCCUGUCAGCAGGCGGUACUGCUGUAGACCUGCCAGAUCACCAGAAAAAUUCCUCAGUGGAAACCGUUAAAGGGACUACGAUGAAUUUUGUUUCUCUUUAGCGAAACUCGACCCUGGCAGCGCCAGAGAAUGACUACUCGUUCGUUUCUAAUAUAAUAAUAAUCUGUAUUAUCCGUAAUUUAAAUUGCUUUCUUUAAGAUUUUGUUGAGUAUAACACAUAGAGGAGCUCUCUGAACCACUGCAAAUGAUUUCUAUCUACUUUUUAGCCCUCGCUUGAUCAAAUGUCUUUUAUAUUUUUUUAUACUUCUAUUUUAAUCCCUACACAUGAUCAAAAGAGUGUGGUGCAGGUCAGGGGCGGGUAUGGUGAGAGUGUUAUUUCUUUGUUGAUAUUUUAGGAACCUGACAAAAUGCAUUAUUUCCUUAGGAGAAUGUGAUUUCAUUACAUUGAUUUUUUUUUUUCAUCAUUAAAAUUAAAGAAAAAGCAUUACGCAAUAUAAUAUAUACACACAUUACACAUUUGACUUUGUAUAUUUAUAAGCUGGGACUGUGAUCACUAUCUCUACAUUUAAACCAGUUUGAGUAGGUUCAAUUCUUUGUCAUGUAUUUUUUUUUUUUGUGAUUUAUUUUUUUUUUAUUCCCUGAAUAUAUGUUUCUUAUUCCGUGUGUUAGGACAAACUCCUACAAGGGCUUCUUCCCUAGUAUCAUUAAGGCAGGGGUGGCCUGAAUCAGCCAAGAACACCAAUGGCUUGGUCGAGUUUAAGUCUCUUGUUGACAUACUCGACUAGAUUAGCACUUGGAUAAGCGUAGUAGCAGUGGCGUAGCUAUGGUGGGGGGGAGGAGGGGGGAGAAUUUUAAAAUCCCCCCGGGCCCCCCAAAUGAGUGUUUUUUACUAUAUAAAUUAAAUAUUAUGAUAAUGCAGGGGUCCCUAAAGAGGUCAAGCCCCCCCCCCCCCGGGCCCCCAAAACGAUGGAAAAUUCCUAGCUACGCCCCUGCGUAGGAGGUAAUAACCUUCGGUUUUGAAGGAACGUCUGUAACUUAUAAGAUAAGAUGUGUCUCACAUGUGCUAUUCUAUUUGCAUAUUUAAAUUUGUGACUGUCUUUAUUUGUUUUAUGCCACUUUUUGUUUUUUAUAUCCAAUCAAAAGGCGUUGUGAAAAGUCACGUGACAACCAACCGAGCAUGAAACAUGACCCAUCCCCCCAUAAAGCAAUCGUCACUCUUUAGCAGUAUGCGGGAGCCCUGCAAAUUUUGUAUAGCUGGCAAAAGAAUCUCUUUUAGGCGCAUUUUCUGUACGGUGGCCCUACUUGCACACCCCCCC